CGCGAGACGCACACCUCGCGCCUCUCUUCAAGCAUCUAUGGGAGCGCCCUAGGGUUUCCUUCCCCAAUCCUCUCCUCCCUGAUUCCUUUGGCUGGUGGCGGGGCAAGGCUGGCGGUGACGACCGAUCCUUCGCCCAAGUGACUGCGGCGGAGCAGGCGGGGGGUGCGCCGCGCGCCUCGAUGGGAGAUCGGGGUGGGGGGAGAUCUGGUGGUUGGCGCGACAACACAGCGCGCGGAGGGUUCUGAGGUGGGCGAAGGGCUCCGCUGCCAAAUCAGUCUCGACACAUGGUGUGGCAGCGGCCAGAUCCGCCACCGGCGACGUCGGGAGAUUCGAGAUCUGGUGAUGGUGAAGUUGGAGACAGAUGGGAAGCUGCUGCGCGUGCCAAGAGCGGCGCGACCAAGGAGAAGACGGCGGGCUCCAAGGAGCCGCCUCCGCAUCCUGCACCUGGGCAAGCAACGACCAAGGGCAAUGCCGAGAUCUGCAUCAACUGUUCCCUCCCAGGUCAUUUCGCUCCUCGUUGUCCUACUAUUCGCUGCGAAAAAUGCAACAAAUUAGGUCAUAUGGCUCAGCUUUGCCAAGUUCUGAGGCCUUGGGAAUGCAUUCCUCUCAUGUGUGGGUUUCAGUCGCCUGGUCAGGGAUUCUUCUAUAUUCCUGAUAUGUGUGCUGCUAAACAUAGUGCAGAGAAAACUAAUAAUGUGGUGAUUACUAUAGUGGAGGGUGAUGCUACUGUUAAAGACAUUGAGCAGGAAUUUAAUGCUAUAUUUGCCAAAAAAACCUAGGAAAAAGAAAUGGCGAUGUACGGCCCGCUCUAUUGGCCCUGCACAGUAUGUGAUGCGAUUCCCUAAUGCUAGUGAAGUAGAAAGGGCAUGUUGUUAUGGAAAACGCUUGCCUCUGAAGGAAGGGAACAUUGUUGUAUGUAUUACUCCUUGGACUGCUUCUAUUGGAGCCAAAGGCAUUAUGGAGAAAGCAUGGGUUAGGGUUCGCAACAUUCCCAUAGAGAAAAGAUGCACUGAACAUAUAGCUUAUGCUGGAGCUCUAGUUGGGAUUACUUUAGAAGUUAAUGAAUCGACCGUUCAUAAACCUGAAUAUGCUAGAAUCCUUCUCGGUUGUAGAGAGGUUGAGAAAAUUUCCCCUUCAGCUGAAGGAAUGCUGGGAGAACAGUAUUAUGAUUUUUUCUAUGAAGUUGAAAAAGUUGUGACUGUGGGUGCUGAGAAAAGUCAGUCCUAUACUGCCGUGGAUAGCAGUGCAUCUCCUUCCUUCCCCAAGAAAGCGAGGAUGGACUCAUAUCCUGCUUCUUCCAUGGGGCAGGGGGAGACGAAUACAUCCGUGACUGGUAAUUUUUCCUCUCAGAACUAUGGUAAGGGUAUGCAGAGGCUUCCGGCAGUGGCUGAGAGUGAAGAAGAAGAUGAGAGUGAGGAAGGUAACAACACAGAGCUUCUGAUUGAGACUAUGGCCAGAGAACAUGCGGCUGAAAAAAUGUCUUAUUGUGGAUCUCAAUCUGAUAAAAAAUCAUGUGAGAAUGUCUCUGAGGAUUUUAAAGUGGAAGAGAUGACUGAAUCUCCCAGUAAUGAGAUCAGUGUGCAUCAAGGUGCUUGGGGAAUGAUUACUCCUGUUCCACCCUCACCUCUGUUUGUGUGUCACGAUGUGAAUACUUAUGGGAAUGCUUUUCCUCCCUUGUCAGACUAUGUGGUUUGGCCCUCCCUGCCUCACAUUGUGCCUCUCGAAGAGGGUUUCAUGGAAGGAGGAGAAAACUGCAGUGUCUAUACAGUUGAAUCUCCCUCUGGAUCCCCAAUUCAUGACUGCAUGAGUCAGGGAGAAGAUAUCUCGCGCAGACAGAAGCAGAAGUUGGAGAAGGUGGGAGAUGUGACCACCAACAGAAUGAAGAAGCGCAAUUUGGAAGGUUUGCUAAAGGAAGAAGAAAGGGCGAAGCUCCAGGCUGGAGUGAAGAGGUUGGCUCACGCGGCUGCUGCGCUGGCGGACAGGUCCCUCCCUCGAGGCAGAUCCCUUUUGGGUGACAGAGAAGGGAUCCAGAUUGGUUAGCAGUGCUCAGCGCUCGGUCCUUUUGCUUGCCGCCUCCCACUGGGGUUUGAUGCCCGCUGGUUUUAUGUCUUCUGGUUACGGUUAGCCUAGUCGCAGAUGUUGUUUAACUUGCCUCAUCCUGGGAUUUCCUCUCCUGUCGUUUUUGGGCUGCGGUUUGUGAGUGUCAUCAGGUUUUCGUCCCAUGGCGGGUGGUCCGUUCCAGGAUCAUCCUGCGGUGGGUUUCCUGAUGGUGCGCCAGCUCGCUCUCCCCUUUCAGCUUCAUUUGAUCUCAAAAAGCUUAUAUCUUUCAUCCUGUUAGUUGUAGUGGUUUGGGCACUAAAAACAUCUAGAUACAGACUGAUGUAUUUUCGUUGAUUGCGAAAUUAAUGGAAAGGGGUUGA